UGCGCCCCUGACUCCAGCUCUGACCGCACGUGCCUGAGCGCACGCGCGGAUGUCACUCUGCCUGAGUUGCUCCGGUGACUGAAAGUGAAGCCUCUUCAGACAGACACCGGCGCGGUCGUCUCCGUCCCUGAAGAUUCAUUUAAUGUUUUCCCUCAGCGACUUCGAGACAGAAGCAAACUGGGAAGUAAGUCGGCGCCUUUUCUCCGACACUUUUACGAGAAGUACACACAUCUGGAGCGAUAAUAAGGGCCAGCACACGGAGGAUCUGUGGCGUCAGCACUUGAACAGGUUUGGAGGUGACGUCAAGGUGAAUGCUGAGUUGUAAAAUGAUAUGGAGUCUGAAGAGCAUCUAGUGUUUCCCAUCCCAGCGUUAUCUGAUAAACUCUCGUCUUCGAGCAGCUUCCCAGCUCCACCCCAAACCCUCAACACCCAGAGGAGCUUAUCUUCUGAAGAAAACGUCCCUUCUGCCAUCUGUGGUGAGGUAAUACAGAAGACGAAGCUCAAACGUUCAAAAAUGAACUCUAAUUCUGGGGUCCUCUCAUCGACUUCUGGUCGGUCUGACUUUGGAGGCCUUGGAAGUUUGGAUUUACCAGCCCUGGCUGCUCAUUUACAAAUCGGCACAUUUAGAAACUGGUGGCAGCCGACAGCAGCACACACUAAUGAAGCAGCAACUGCCUUUUUAUCCCCAUUUCUGGGUCUACAUCCUGUUUUCCUAUCCACCUUUGACAAGCUCGGUCCUGUGGCUUUACAACCACAUCCUUCAGGCAAACGGAAGAGGACAGAAACGUGCUUACCUGCUGUGAAGCCAGCUGUUAACGUAACCUCAUCAGCAGAAAUACUCAAAAAAGAAAAAGCUGAAGUCAAUGGACGACCCAUUCUUCAGAAGCAAGUUCACCAGAAAACCGUUCAUAAACCCAAAGAACAGCGUUUAAAAAGACCCCCGACUUGUGUCAGUCGCUGCCAGUCAGGUUCCCUGACGGACAGCUCCACUGAUGCUGAGGACAGCAGCAGCAGCAGCAGCAGCAGUGAUCCUGACGACGAGGAAGACGAUCAGAGCAGCGACAGCGAGGACUCUGUUUCUGAACAAGAGUUGCUGACACACAGCACUAACAAGAAGAGAAGGAAGAGACCCGAAUCUGUGGAUGGAAAUGCUGCACUGCAGAGCCAUCAUCACCAUGUUCAUCAUCUCCACCAUGAUUCUGUUGCCGAUCAGCCUCACUCCACAGAGGUGGAAGACCAGCAGCACGUCAGCGUCAUACAGGCCACGGGACCCGCACUAACCACACAAACCCAUCAGGAGAUUAGUCCACUUCCGUACAAUCCUCCACCCAUCCCAUCUUCUUUCAUGUCUAAACACCAUGCUGGUCUUCAUUCAGCAAGACAAAGCUCUGCCUCUUCCUCCUCUUCUUCUGCGAAAACCUUCACUCUCAGUUCAGCCAACCAACCUUCCUCUCCGUACUCCUCACAUCCACCUCUUAGCUCGCCCAAAUCCCUCUCCCCGACUUCCUUAACCGAACAGAUAAGUCUCUUGACCUCAAAAGAACUCAAACGGACACCUGAAAGUGUUGAUCACAUGAAGGAUGUCUGUAAACGCUCAUCACCGAUGAACAUCAAAAAACAGCAGCGGCCGUCUACGAAGCGGACUUCCUCUGUUCCAACGAAGAGCCACUUCUGUGAUUCAAAGCUGUUCCUUGGAUGGAUGCAGGACGAGGUUCAAGAUGCUCCUUUGGCUCUGAUCAAAAAAGCUCGCAGCCAGAACUACAGCCCCCUUCAUCCCCCUGUCAUAAACAUAGGCAUCCAACACAGAGAUACGUUGAAUGCUUCAUUGUUGAAACCCUCCGCCUCAACACUACCACCACAAUCUCAGAAGACUAACGCGACUCUGAGUGGAAAGAAAAUCAAAUCAUCCAGUUCACCUUUAAAUUUAAGCAAAAGUGCUAAACCUUAUUUGCACUGCAGAAGAAAUUCUUUAGGAGACCAUGAUGAUGAUGAUUCUGGGAGUAACCUUUCAGAGAUCAACCCUGACAGUGUCUCCGAAGGAUCAGAGGAAAGUUUGGGCACUAGUACUGCUGGGACUCUGCUGAAACCAGACGACGCUUCGCUCUCUAGUCAUGGAGAUAUUUUAACCCCUUCAGUACACCACCUAUCCCUAACUAAGACCUUCAUAAAGCCUUUAGUUUUACAAAGUAGUGACUUUUUUAAGUCCAUCACAACUACUGGAGUCUUGAAACAACAAAGUGCUCCACCGCUCACCUUUGCAACAAUACAAGGAUCUGGGAUGAAGAAGCGAGUCACAGAUCAGAGAACUCUGCAAGUACCUCUCGAGUUUGGGUGGAGAAGAGAGACCCGCAUCAGGGCUGUGGCGGGGCAUCUGCAGGGGGAGGUGGCUUACAUCACUCCCUGUGGAAGGAGACUGCGUCAGUACUCUGACAUUAUGAAGUACUUAAUCAGAUACGGGAUAACGGAGGUUUCACGGGAGCAUUUCAGCUUGAGUGGCAAAGUUAAAGUUGGUGACUUCUAUGAAGCCAGAGACGGACCACAGGGUUUGCAGUGGGUUUUGUUGGCUGACAGCGAGAUCGCUCCUGUUAUCACGGCCAUGAAUGGAAGGCGGAGAAAUGGGGCAAAGUCGGAGCGCCAGCUGCAAGGUGACGGUUCUGUGGCCAAAAACCCUCAUCCGGAAAAUGUUGCUGACGGCAAAGUCCAAAGUGUCGGCGAUGCCAAGUUGUUCCGCAAAAUAGAAGCUCAAGAAAUUGCUCGACAGGCAGCUCAAAUCAAAAUGUUGAGAAAAUUUGAGAAACAGGCCAUGAGACAAGCAGCCAAAGAAGCAAAGAGGCAACAAGCAAUAAUGGCUGCAGAGGAGAGGCGGAAGAAGAGGGAGGAGCUAAAAUUUCUUAAACAGCAAGAGAAGAUCAAGCGCAUUCAGCAGAUUCGUACCGAGAAAGAACUCCGUGCGCAGCGAAUCCUCGAGGAAAAAAGAAAGAGAAAAGAAGCAGCAGCUAAUGCCAGAAUACUCAGAGCUGUGAAACACAAAAAGGAGAAAUAGAUGCAAAAACUUCAAGCCAUCAUUCAAAAGCAACAGGAGCUGGAGAGACAUAAACUAGAUCUGGAGAGGGAACGACGCCGACAGCACAUGGUCAUCAUGAAAGCUUUGGAAGCCCAGAGAAGAUCAGAGGAAAGAGAGCGGCUAAAAGAAGAAAAACUAAAUGAGAAACGGUUAAAAAGGGAAAGGAAACUGGAACGCCGACAAAUGGAAGUGGAAAAGGCAAAAGAGCUGAAGAAGCCAAAAGAGGACAUGUGUUUAGCAGAUCACAAGCCUCUUCCAGAGUUAUCCCGUAUUCCUGGUCUGGUUUUACCUGGCAGAGCCGUCUCUGACUGUCUGAUGGUUUUGCACUUUCUGUGCAACUUCGGCGAGGUCCUGGGACUGCGUUUGGAUUCAGGCAUGCUCACCAUCGGAAGCCUUCAAGAGGGGCUUCUUAAUAUCGGGAACAACAUGCGCGUGGUGCAGGACCUGCUGGUCAGCCUGCUCUCUGCUGCUGUGCGUGACCCGGGUAUACCUGCAGGGCACAAGUGCAAAACCAUCCUGGGAGAACAUCUGUCUGAUGUUGAGAUCGACAGAGACAAUGUGUCUGAGAUCCUGCAGAUCUUCAUGAAGAGUCGCUCUGAUCAGACCGAUGUGGCGGCGCUCGCCGACAGCCUGAAGACGACGGCCUUUCAGGCUCACACUCCACCGCAGAAGGCCCUUAUGUUAGCUUUUCUGGUCAACGAGCUCUGCUGCAGUAAGGCGGUGAUCGGUGAGAUCCACAAAAAAAUGGAUUUCAUAGCCAAUCUGAAGAAGGAAAAGUGGAUCAUCGAAGAAAAGCUUCGCAAACUGAGAAUAAAGCCCAGCAGUGCAGGAGGAGAGCAAAGCCGCGCUGUUACCAACCGCUGUGUCAAAAACAAAGGGAGCAAAACAGAAGAUGACAGUGAGGAAGAGGAGGACGAGGGCAAUGACAGUGAAGACCAAGGAGACAAUGAUGAAGAAAUAGUGUCCGAGAUCCAGAGGGAAAUCAGACAGAAAUUGUUUGACUCCUCCCACUCGCUGCAUUCAACAAUGAUCGGCCAGGACCGAUUCAAAAGACGCUACUGGAUCCUUCCACAGUGUGGUGGCAUUUUUGUUGAAGGCAUCGAGAGCGACCACGAGGAGGCAGAGAAGAAAGAAGGAAUCCAAACCGAUGCUCAACCGGACACCAUCAAAGUCACGGAUGAGCCAUUCAUCCCAGAUCUCACCUCCGACAUUUACAGACUAAAGUCCGAGUUUGAGAACAAAGAUGUUUCUCUCCAAAAAACAGAAAAAUUCCCAACCAAACUGGAAGCCAAAAGCCAUCCAGAUUCAGGUGUCAGUGGUCAAAGCAGUCAUUCUCCUGCAUUUCCUCCACAUCCCACCUCCCAGAUGGAGGGCCCGCCUCUGCUCAGCCCCGUGCAGCUCCAGAACUUUAACUGGAUGAACCGCAGCCCUCCAUCCAUCCUUCCUAACGACCAGCCGUCCAAAAUAUCGACUGAUAAAAGCAGCGGGUGGUUCAGCCUCCUGCCUCGCUCCCCGUGUGGCGCCUCCUCUGUGACGUCUGACUCCUAUCCAUCAGCCUGCUCCUCUCCAGAACCAAACAGGACCGCAGUCUUCCCUUUCCCUUACCCCCCAGCAGCAGACACCAGAGCUGCAAUCGAUAAAUCCCCCGUGCCUCAGCAAGUGAAGUCUGACAUUCAUCAGGGGGGACCGACACUCUCUGAUGAGUUCAGCUCCACAGCAAGUCCCAGCCUGUCCUGCUCUGGCACGUCUCUGCCCUCUCCGCCUGUAGAGGUUGAUGGAGACCGAACCCCCAACCCAGAGCUGCUGAGAAUCCAGCCAGAAGAGGCGACAGGGAGUCGGGAUCACUCCUGUCCUCAGCCUAUCCCGGAAGAGAUGCUGCAUGGAUGGUGGAAAGUGUCAGAUUUGGAGGGUCUGCUGAAGAGCCUCCACAGCCGUGGCAUCAGGGAAAGAAGUCUGCAAAAACAGAUCCAAAAACACAAGGAUCAUCUGAGCCGGCUGUGUGCCAACACCACAGGUGGACUUGAAGGCGUGGAGCCCGGAAGGUCUGACUUCUACAAGAGGAUAAUAGAAAACUGGAGUGUGGAGCAGAAGGCCAAAGAGGUGGAUGUCUCUCUGCUGCAGCAGGUCAAAGCUCUGGAAAGAAGAGUCCUCUCUGCUGACGUACAGGAUGGGACGUCCCCUGAACCCCCGUCAGACUGUAUGUUUCUGGGCUAUCAUGAGCACAAGCCCUCAUCUAUGGAGAUCAGGAGGCAGAGAGAAACCAGCCAAGAGGACGGUCCCGACUCUGUAACGGGACAGGCCAACAAUCCUCUUGCUAAAGCUGUCGCCAGGCUGGAUGAACUGGAGAGGAACAUAAACCAUGCGGCAGCAGCUGAUUCUGAGAGGAGAGUGUGGCACAAAGCUCUCAGCCAAGUCCGCGCCUCAGCCCAGCUCUCUCUCUGCAUUCAACAUCUGAAGAAGUCCGUAGUUUGGGAACAAGCCGUCAAGAGAGCGGAAAACAGCAGAGCUUCACACCAUAGAGAUCUGCAGAGUCAAACAGCUGGAGGAGGACUGGAACAAAGCUGCCAGCUUGCUGCAGCUGGAAAGCUCAGCAUGGAGGCUGCCAGCAGCAGAAGAAGUGGGCAAAACAAUCCUGCUUCCUGUUACAAAAUAGCCCAAAUAUCAAAGGAUGACAACAGCCAGCUGGCAGUGUGCAGAGUGCUCCUAGCUGAGCUGGAGGCUCACAAAGAUGCCUGGCCUUUUCUCACACCAGUCAACCACAAAGUCAUCCUCGGAUACAGGAAAGUCAUCAAGAGGCCCAUGGACUUCUCCACCAUCAGGAGGAAGCUCAACAACAACCUGUACUUCAGUCUGGAGACUUUCAUGGGUGACGUCAACCUGGUCUUUGAUAACUGUGAAAAAUUUAACGAGGAUGACUCCGAAAUUGGACGGGCUGGACACAACAUGAGGAAGUUUUUUGAUGAACUUCUACAGUUGAAAAAAUGAAUAAAUAAAUGACUCCAGUGUGAACUUUUUAAUAUGUUCGGACUGUCUGUGGUGCUAAAGAAACAUUUCACUUUUUAAUUUAAAUUGUUUGCUUUGAUACUAAUAAAAGAUAAGCCGUAAAAGUUCUAA